AUGGCCGUACCUCGUAAAUUAAUUUUAAAACAAUUAUCUAAACACUACGUGAAUGAUAUAGAAAAUUGUUGCUUAAUUUCGAACACUAAUUAUAAAUUGUAUCAAUAUUUUUAUGGUGAAAAAAAUAUUGCCCGAAUAACUAAUCAACAAAAUUCCCGCGUGAUUGUUGUGUAUCCAACGUCAUUUCUUAACGAUUCAAAAAUUUAUGUCACUGAACAAUUCUUUUCUAAUUUCAAUGAACCUAAAACGAUUGUUACUUUGAAAGACGUUAAUAUAAAUCAAUUUCCGAAAAUUGCCACCAAAGUAUUAGUUUCAUUUGUGAAUAAUAAUUUAGAUGUUUCAAAUGCAUUGUUAGAGCGCUUAUUGUUUAACUAUUUUAAAACUCCGAAAUUGUUAUAUAAAAAUGAUAUUUUUGAAAUAUCCAUAAAAGAAACAUGUUCCGACAUUUUAUUUACGAAAGUUGAAGCAUCUAAGUACUUUUUUAAAUGUGUAAACAUUUUGGGUACAAACAAUGUUACAUUAAAGAAAUGUUUUUGUAUAAACGGCGAAACAGAAUUGAGUUUAACUCAUAAUAUUCAAAGCUACAUUCCAAAAUCUUUUAAUCUAGUCACGAAUCCAAAUGAAUUAGAAGUUUUGAAUGAUUUUUUAUUAGAUCGAUGUCCUUUUGGAUACAAGGAUUAUGAAACUAUAUUGCUGGAUUGUAUAAAACCAUUCUUGAGUAAAAAUAAACCAUUGAAAGGUUUGCUACCGCUAUUUUUAAUAAGAAGUCCAACAGGAGAACAAAAAUCUAUGUUAGUUGAAGCAAUUGCAAAUAAAUUGGGACUUCAUUUAUUGAAAUUUGAAUGUAAUGAUUUAUCAUCGUUUACUGCUGUUCAUACGGAAACAAAAUUACGAAAUAUAUUUUUGAAAAGUAAACUUUGUUCACCUUGUAUUGUUUUGUUAAAUAAUUUUCAGAUUCUAUGCCUGGACAGUGAUGGGCAUGACGAUCCACGAUUAAUGUCAUUUUUUCAAAACGAAUGUGAAAUUUUAUUAACUAAUAAUAAUUAUCCAAUAAUUCUUGUUUGUAAUUCAAAUGACACAGAAUUAAAUUCAUAUUUAUUACGAAUGUUUUUACAAAUAAUCAAUAUUGAAUUGCCAACACAAGAUCAGCGCUUAGAAUUAAUACGAUGGUUAUUUAAAUUGAAAAAUAUUCCACAUAAAUCUAUUGAUUUAGAAAAUAUAUCUCGUAGAACUCAUAGUUUUUCUUUUGGUGAUUUAGAGCAUUUAAUAAAUAAAGUUUUGGAAAAUGGAUAUUAUUCAAAUGAAAUCAAUCAAGAUAUGUUUUUAAAUGUUAUGGAUCAAAUGCAGAAUGAUUAUUCGGAUAGUAUUGGUGCACCAAAAAUACCGAAAGUGUACUGGGAAGAUAUUGGUGGACUAAAUGAAAUUAAACAAGAAAUUAUCAAAACAAUUGAGUAUCCAUUAAAAUACCAACACUUAUUAAAAGAUACAAUAUUAAAAAGGUCUGGUCUUUUGCUCUAUGGCCCACCAGGAACGGGUAAAACUUUAAUUGCCAAAGCAGUUGCUACUGAAUGUGGUUUACAUUUUUUAUCUAUCAAAGGGCCAGAAUUGUUAAAUAUGUAUGUGGGACAGUCUGAGUCGAAUGUCCGUGAAGUUUUUCAACGAGCUAGAGACGCUGCACCGUGUAUAUUAUUUUUUGAUGAACUUGAUUCAUUGGCUCCAAAUCGUGGAAUUUCGGGAGAUUCAGGAGGAGUAAUGGAUCGAGUUGUAUCACAACUCUUGGCUGAAAUGGAUGGCAUAAACGAUAAUACUUCUAUUUUUAUAAUUGGUGCUACAAAUAGACCUGACUUAAUUGAUCCAGCAUUGUUACGACCUGGACGAUUUGAUAAAUUACUUUAUGUUGGUAUUUCAACAGAUUCAACAUCAAAGUUAAUGAUUUUAAAAGCUCUAACUAGAAAGUUCAAUUUUUCUGAAGAUCUCCUCAAAGAUGUGGUGAAAAUAUUACCCGAAAAUAUAACUGGUGCUGAUUUGCAGGCAUUAUGUUCAAACGCAUGGUUAAUUUCAGUUCGAAAGAAAAUAACUGAAUUACAAAUAGAAGGCAAAAGUAAAAUGGGAAAACAAAGUAUGGAAUUAACAUUUGAUGAUUUUGUAGCGUCUGUUAAAUUGUUAAAACCUUCCGUAAAUAAAGAGACUGCUAAUUAUUAU